AUGCACCCCCCGCCUCCGGGUCUGCUCACCAAGUACCUCGCAUCGGACAAGGGCACUCUCUCCCUGCUCCGGCGAUGCGGCCUGACCAUAAGGGGCGUCAAGCCGAUCCACGCCCUCCUCGUCGUGUCCGGCGCCAUUGCCGACCCCUACGCCGCCGGGAAGCUGAUCGCCUUCUGUGCCAUCUCCGGCCGCGGCGACCUCCGCUACGCCCACCUCAUCUUCCGCGGCCUCCCUCGCCCCUCCAUGUUCCUCUGGAACACUAUGAUGCGUGCCCACGUCGAGAGGGACGAGCCCAUCCCCGCCCUCAACCUCUACUGUCAGAUGCUGGCUACUGGAAACCUCCCCAACAACUAUACCUUCUCGUUCGUCCUCCGGGCUUGCCUCCACCUCUCGGCACUCGCUGACGGGCGGAAGCUGCAUGCCCAGGUCGCGAAGCUCGGGUGGGAAUCCUACGACUUCGUCCAGAACGAGCUGAUCCACAUGUACGCAACCUGCGGCUGCGUCGACUCGGCGCGUAGGGUGUUCGACCAGAGCCUGCACAGGGAUGUGAUCUCGUGGACGGCGAUGGUGCAUGGGUACGCUGUGUCCGCGCGGAUAGAAGAAGCGCGGGAGCUGUUUGACAAAAUGCCGGAGAGGAACGCGGUCUCUUGGAGCGCUAUGAUGACCGGUUACGUCCAGGCCGAGAUGUUCCGGGAAGCGCUGGCUCUCUUCACCGAGAUGCAGCGCGCGGGAACCCAACCCAACCACGCCGGCGUCGUGGGCGCCCUCACGGCGUGCGCCUUCCUCGGUGCCCUCGACCAGGGCAGGUGGAUCCACGCCUACGUUGAAAGGAAAAAGAUGGAAUUGGACAGAAUACUGGGGACGGCUCUCAUAGACAUGUACGCCAAGUGCGGGUGCAUACAGACCGCCUUGCAGGUGUUCGGGGGAAUGCCCGACAGAGAUGUCUUCGCCUAUACCUCCAUAAUCUCUGGUUUGUCCAACCAUGGGCACAGCGAGAAGGCGAUCGAACUGUUCAGGAAGAUGGAAGAUGACAGCGUCAAGCCCAACGAGAUCACCUUCAUCUGCGUCCUCACUUCCUGCAGCAGGGUCGGCCUGGUUGCCGAAGGGAAGAACAUCUUCGACAGCAUGAGCACAGCGCACGGGAUCGAGCCGGGAGUGGAGCACUAUGGCUGCUUAGUUGAUUUGCUGGGCCGGUCAGGUCUGCUGGCGGAGGCGGCGACGACGGUGAGAGAGAUGCCCAUGGAGCCCGAUGCCUACGUACUAGGCGCCCUGCUCAACUCUUGCAGAAUCCACGGCAACGUGGAGCUGGCCAAGGAGACGGUGGAGAGCCUGGAGGAGCUGGGCCUCGACCACGGCGGCGUCUACGUUCUGCUGUCCAACAUGUACGCGUCUGCCAACAGAUGGCAGCAUGUGGCGGAGGUGAGGAAGGGAAUGGAGUCUAAACGGGUGAGGAAGGUCCCUGGAUGCAGCAUGAUCGAGGUGGAUGGUGUGGCUUGCGAGUUCGUCGCAGGGGACAGCGCUCAUCACCUAAACGACGAGAUCCUCUCGACGUUGAAGAUAAUGGAUACGCAGUUGAAGGUUUCUAGUGCGGAGGGAGGAGCAGAGAUAGCCGAAUCUUGGAGAGAGCUUGUAAAUAAACCGAUUGAUUAA